UCAUUGAAGUUCCAAAAACAUUGGUUGAUCACAGAUGUUCUUCUUCUUUCACUGUCAACGGCUGACUUCGUCGGGGGAGCUUUCGCUCUUCAAAUUGUCAUUUUCAUGAAUUAUUUCCUUCUGGAGAAAUGGACAGCGUUCAACUGCGGCUUGUAUAUUGUGGUAGUGCAUUCACUUCGCUUUGCUUCCGCGGGAACUGUGACACUUAUGGCAAUCGAUCGAGCGUUUAUGAUCUUAAAGCCGUUUAAAUAUCAUACAACCAUCACAACUUCAAGAGUAAAGAAACUUGUUGUAUUCACUUGGGUCGGCGCUAUUUUGUUCGCAAGCUUGCCGUUUAUGGGAGUCGGAAAAUCGGGUUAUAAAGAUGGCAAAUGUCUUUAUCAUUUGACAGACUUGGGUAACACGUACUCAGUACUUAUUCUAACCGUGUCGUUUCUCUUACUAACAUCAGUGUUAGUUUGUUACUUUGCAAUUAAAUCUUCAAGUACAAAGUUCAUUCAACGGCAGACAAGAAUGGAGAUUAAAAACAAGAGCGCUGGAACAGACGAGACUCGCGGGUUGAGUCCUGAGGUGCCCGGGUGCGAGAAGCCAAAGGAAAGACGGAAAAGCAGCCCCUCAGGUGUCAGAGAGAUUCAAAGGCUGUCACGUAUGAUGGCUGUUGUUGUUUUUCUCUAUUAUAUCAGCUGGCUGCCCAUGUUGAUUAGCAACAUCGUAACCUUUGCAACAGACCGGAGGUCUAGCAAGCUUGUGGUGCUUCUCACAGGAAUGGUAUCUCUUAUCUACGCCCUGGCAAACCCCAUCAUAUACGGCAAGAUGAGCAUGCGCUAUUGGUUGGCCUACAAGCGUGUGUUUGGAGCAGUGUGUGGGGUUUGUAAGGAGAGACCAAGAUCUUGGAGCAUUUUAUUUUCAACCAAAAGUACAAGUCGUUCACGGACUCUAACAAAUCCACAACUCCCCAAGGAACAAGAGUUCUACGAAAGCAGCAUCUAGAACGUAGGGUCUGGUGACCAAACAGCCGCGCAUGGGUAAGCUCAAGGCACCUCUGAACUGCAGACUAGUCGUGUGAUAGAAGGCUCAGAUGACAUCACAGAUGGUGUCAUUGUUGACUUUCGUAGUGAGAGAGACAGUACAUUCAAUAGCGAAGUCACAAACAAAGAAGAGGCAGACAGUUCUUUCUUGUCAAAUGAUUUGUUACUUUAAGAUAAGACUAGAAUUGUCAUAUUCUUAUACAUGGACGACUUUGGCUUAAUGCUCGACUGUAAAUAGUCGUUGUUUUAGACAGUACAGCGAAGCGCGAGCCAGUGGGAUUCAGAUUGCCUCUACUUUCUAGACUAUUUUUGUUUAAAAAAUGCUAAGCAAAAUUUCCUCGGCCUACUCUGGACAUUUCCGAUCGGACUAAGACUAGGUACCAGUUAAGCGUUACAGAAUGCCUGGUAUCGAUUGGUUAUAACAAGAUUGUGUUUGUUACCUAUCUUUUCUUGUGACUUAGUAUCGCAUAAGGCUUCUACAGGGCGCCCUCAUCGCUCUCUGUCUACGGUAAGGCUAAGUACUCUUUGCGAGCAAAGUGUAUUUGUUUUUACCAACAUUAACUUUUUGAAGCCGGCAGUAACUGCUGUAUUUCCGAAGUAGAAUGGGCUUAGACAAGUCUGAAACAGUCUUGAUUGUAAUACUGUAAUUACUAAUGGCUUCAUGCCAUUUCCGAUUGUGUGUUGUCGCCCUGUAUUUGGCAAAGAUGGGAUUGAUCGAACACUGCAUGCCAAUACAUGUGUCAUAUAUGUUAAUAUGCUGUAAGGGUAGAUAAGGUUUAAGGGAGAAGAGAAGAUAAAGGGCAAGGGGAUUAACCUCCCAUAUAGUAUAGGUCUUUUACCAAGGUAAUCUCUUUCAAGUUAUUUUUAGACGUGGUAUCCAGAUCUUUCACGGAAAAUGUUUCCACGCGCUUAGCGUGGAUGUUUUCUUGGAGGAUGAAAACACGUGUAAGGCCGCCUGGCUUCUCUUGAUCUACAUUUACGUCACUGAGUCUGCAAUAUCUAGAUUCACCUGGGAUUUUCGAAACUGGGAGUCACCUUAAAGUAUCUUCAGAGGAAUUACCUUGUGAAUAAGGCCUAUAAGGCGAUUCAACUCUCUUGCAGGCUUUAUCUUCUCUUGCGUGUCGAGAUUUUUUCAGACGUCCUAGAAUGCUGUACGUUUAAUUUAUAGCGAACAGUUUAGGCAAUAAAGUAAAAAACCGUUAGACUAAACAAAUGGAAGUAACGGCUCAUAGAUAUUCUUUUCAAUUCUUUUGCUUUUGUUUCUCCACCUAAGUAGCAGCAAUAAAGCUGAAUAAGAAAACUGACGGAAAUAUAGUGAACCUUGUCAAUAAGACUACCUUUAAACCAUAAACCUAUUGUUGUAUUAAAGGUACAGGGCUUUAUUAAAGAUACUUAAGGGGUUCUUAAAGCAAUAAAAUAAGUGACUAAGAAAGAUUGAUUAUGAUUUACGUUCAUCAAGGGAGCAUAUGCAAUUUACAAAAAUUUCAAGAACAUACGUUUGUUUUGAAGACUAGUUAAUGAUCGGUGAGAAAAUGAGUAUUUAUUACUCGUGUAAAGGGUUUAAAUUGAACGAUAUACUUCUAAAUUACAUUUUACAUAGAAGCUAUUCUUCAUAUAGUAUUACUUAGUUUCCUUUGUUUCGUUGUUAUUUCACUUACUUCAAUGGAACGUUUUGGAAACGCGCCACAACCUUGCCAUCAGGCAAUCAAGUUCUCAUGCAAACAAGGUUUUUGCAAAGAUGUUCCAACGCUCCGCUGACAACGGUUUUGAAUAAACAACGUCGACCUUUCGA